AUGGUUCAGCUCGGGGGCGGCCGCCGAGCCCCUCCGCCGGCCUUUAGCAUCGACAGCAUCCUGCAGCCCGGCCCCCGCCGCCCGGCUCGGGAGCAAGGCAGAGCCCGCUGUGCGCUGCCGGAGGAGGAGGAGGAAGAUGAAGGGCCUGCAGAGCAAGACCUCAGUAAAAGCUCCAGCAACUCGGGUACGGAGCCGCUCCGGGCAGAGGGGGCGAGUCGUGAUCUGCUCCUGGGGACCAAGGGCUCCCCGCUGCCCAUCGACAAUCUCCGCGCCUCCCGGCAGCCAGAGUCUCGAGAAGCCGGGAGCUGCGUCGGGGAGAACAGCAGGUCUUCGCUGUCGGCAGGCCGAAAGAAGACACGGACCAUUUUCUCCAAGAGCCAGGUCUUCCAGCUGGAGUCCACCUUCGACGUGAAGCGCUAUCUGAGCAGCGCCGAGCGGGCCGGGCUGGCCGCCUCGCUGCACCUCACGGAGACGCAAGUGAAGAUCUGGUUCCAGAACCGCCGCAACAAGCUCAAGAGACAGAUGUCGGCCGAGCCCGAGGGCCCGGGGUCGGUGGAGCCCCCCGGGGAGCCGCCGCUCCCCACCUCGGCUCUUUCCGUGCCGUCCCUAUACAAGGACAGCCCCCUGCUCAGUCGCUGCCUGCUGCCGCUGCCUCUGCCACUGCUCUGCCCGGGCGGUGCCAUCCCCUACCUCUGCUUGCCCGGGCCGGCCAAGCACUUCAGCCUGGUGGAUGGGGAUGUAUAG